UUUUUUUCACCUUAUCGAGGUACACCAAAUUUUAUAUACCCGUCACUGCCUUCAUUUGCAAAUGCAUUCGUUGAAGAGGUUCCUGUCGUUCGGCUACUCGCGUAGCCAGCCAAAGACCGAGCCGCCAGCAAACUACAUCGACAUGUACGAUUCCGACGACAACGCAACGGCUAUGUGCAUGGCUGCGUCGUGCCGGCCAGCGGACAAUGCGCAGGCAAAGUCCAGCUCCCUGCGACGCAAACCGCGGCCGUGGUCGCAGUCAUCGUCGGGCGGGAUCUCGUGGCAGGACGUGGAAGCCGAGCAUGCGCCGGAGAGUGCGUGCAGUGGCCGGUGCAAGUUCUGCAAUAUCUCGGUUGCCCCGGAAUCGUCGCUGGUCUGGCACGAGCGCAUGUGCGGGCUGGGCAAGGAGGCCGUGCCCACGCAGUGCGAGCUGUGUCACAAGUCGUUCCGCACCGAGCAGCACGCCAGGAACCACUACCUGUAUGGAUGUACGGCCGCCUAAGCUGCUGCUCCCCUCCCGGCUGGACACGCAAU